UUUAUUCCGCGGUCUGCAAAAGCUCUUUUGAGAUCUUGAAAUUUCACUCGUCUUCUACUUCCUAAAAAAAUAAAAUAAAUAAAACAAAAAGUUAAAUUAAAUCGUAAAUUUUGGUAGCCAAAAGUGGAUUUAUAAGAGUACAAUUAGAGUUUGUUAGAUAAUGAAUUUCCAUCGCCCGAAAAUUUGCCGAAUUUGUCGGGCACCUGACAAUGACGAUCUCAUAUCCGUGCGAUUGAUCCAGGAUAGCAUCAGCAUCGCCAGGAUGGUCGAGGUUCUGACCGAUAUUCAGGUGACGCUAGACAAAAACCUUCCCCAAAAUAUUUGCUUGCAAUGUUUGGAACGAGUCAGGAGCGCCUAUCAACUUCGGCUGCAGUGUAUAGAAUCGGAUAAGCAGUUUAGGAACGAAAUCUAUUCGGUGAAAGAUGUACUGAAAUUAAGCCACGAUGAGUCCAAAGACAUGAUCAAGUUGGAAAUUGAGGCUUUGGACAAAGAAAUUGAGCAGGAGGAUGAAUGUGAAGGCGUUCAAGAAAUUUUCACAACGGAUCCAGAUGAACACAGUCUAUCAAUAGUGCCUGAAGAAUUGAAUGAGAAGGUUGAUCUGAAGAUUAUAGCAGAAGAGACCGAAGAAAGCUUUUUGGUAGAAGAAUCAAUAGUGGAAACUGAGGAUAGCAAAUUGACAGCUGCUCAGCAGCUGAUAGAUAUUCUGGCCCCUGAAGAGGACAACAAUAGAAAAUCCAGUUUGAUGUAUUUGAGUCAUUAUCAGGAAAAGGAUUACGAAGUGCUUAUCGAGAGCGAUCAUUACGAUCACGUAAGGUUUAUGUCUGCUAGUUGUUGUGGCUGUUCGGAACGGUUCAAGGACAAGACAGAUCUGGUACAGCAUGGUUUGAUUGAACAUCGCAGGCUCACGAAAGAUUUUCGUGAAAAUGAUCUUCAGGAAUGCCCAAUAUGCUUCGAAACAUUUUCCACCGUAGAUGAUCUCACGCUUCAUCGUAGCCACAUCGACACUGAUCGUUUUCAUUGUCGAGAAUGUGAUAUGCUAAUGGAUAGUCGCGAGCAACUAUUCUAUCAUCUGGAUACUACUCAUUCGAUACUGAUUGACAGUUUUGAUACAGACCAAGAUCACAGCGAGGAAGAGGUCGAGGAAAUCAUUACGAGCGAUCAGGUUUCUGGUGCAACUUUAUCGAGUUUCAACAAAAAUCAAUACCGAUUAAUUGCUACGGACAAGGAAUAUGAUUUGGUGGAAUUCAUGUGCCUGCGAUGUUGUGGAUGCGAAAGUUUAUUCGAAUAUCGGGAGCAAUUUGAAACCCAUUCCAAGGAGCGACAUCUGCCGGAACGAGUAGAACACGACGAACAGAACCCAUAUGAAUGCAGUAUAUGCUAUGAGCGGUUUGCCAAGAAAUCUUCGCUAACAUUCCAUCGCAACAAGCCAAACAAACGGCGUGUAGUGUGUCGUCUGUGUGAAGAAAUUUUCAAGGGGGAAACCUCCUGGCGAAGGCAUUUGAUUAAAUACCAUAGCAUUACACCGCACAUGAACGACGACGUUGGAGCUGAAAUAAUGGAAGUGGAUGAAUGUGACAUGCAAACGGAUGAUUGCAAGAGUGAUGCUUAUAGUAUUCAAGAGAUUGAAUACAUAGAAGAAGAUCAAACUGAUGAGCAGGAAUUCGAGGAUGAUGAAGCAAAACCUACCCCCAACGAUGAUGAAGAAAAGCAAGAAACUAUUCAAAUCAGACAAGAUAGUAAAUACAUUACCACUCGUCAGCGGAAGCAGAUGGCUUUGAUACCAGGUAAUUUUGUCCAAAUUGUAGCCGAGUACGAAGGAUACAAUAUUGUUGAAAUAACCAAAGAACGUUGCUGUUUUUGCCUGAAGUUUUUCGAUUCUCUUGAACAAUUGAAUGAACAUUCAAAAGAGCAUCAAACCAAGUCCCUUUCCGAACAACCCCCACCGUCGAAGAAUCGGAUAAGCUACGAAUGUGAAUACUGUUUGAAAAAGUUUGAUAUCGCAAUGAUCUUUGUUGUUCAUAAACGCAUACGCGAACAGAAACAGUUCUAUCAGUGCAGAUUGUGCGAUUUUGUUAUCGAUUCAGAGUCGCGAUUGAAAAAUCAUAUGCUGUACAAUGAGCAGCACGCGAGGUUCUUCAACAUUAUACGAGAAGACGUCAGCGAUCGAUACGACGCCGUUAAGCUUCCUGGGUUCCGAUGCUGUGGUUGUGAGUGUUAUUUUGAAGACGAGUCAGCUCUCACCGAGCAUUCCCGGAAGGAACAUCGUACCGAUUCGAAGAAGGACGCAGACAAGCGUAGACCAGUAUGCGUAAUUUGUGACAGGCAGUUCAACACCACAAUGGAAAUGACUAACCACCAGAAAAGGAGAGACUCCACGAUACGGUAUUACUGUAAGCUUUGUGAUUUUGAAUCCCUGAGCGAAGCACGAAUGCUCAAACAUUUGUACAGCUCAAUUCACAAUGAAUCGCUACCAGCGAUUGAAGUCCAGAAGGUUGAAGUAGGCGCUCGUAGAGUAGGUUCCGUGCGAUACUGCUGCUUCGAUGAAUGUGCUCUUCCGUUCCAUAACUUCGGCAAACUCCUACAGCACGUCCUGCAGACACACCAAUCGAAACGCGAAGCAAAUAAAGCGGCGGCAGUAGUUGAAGGCGAAUCCAGCACCAACCGAUGGCAGUGCGAUUGUUGCUGCCAACUAUUUCGGACGGGAGCAAUUCUCCGACAGCAUCAGUUCGCCCACCGAGUGCCAAAGACAUUUGUAUGUUCCAUCUGCGGGGAGGCUAAACCAAGCAAAACGGCUCUCACGGUACACGAGAUGAAGCACACCGGUGAACGGCCUCAUGCUUGUAAUAUAUGCAACAAGCGCUUCACAUCAAAGACCAUACUGAACUCACACAUGAAGUGUCACUUUCCUAAGCAACACCAAUGUCCAGACUGCGGCGAGAAGUUUGCUCGAGGAGAAAAUCUCAAACGCCACAUCCGCCAUCGCCAUUCAGAGGCCACUUACAGCUGUACCUUCUGUCCACGGAUGCUGAAAACGCGCGAAGCACAGAUCCUACACGAACGGUCGCACACAGGCGAAAAGCCAUUUGAGUGCCGAACGGAUGGGUGCAGCAAACGUUACUCUAGCAUCACGGAUCGGCGGCGGCAUGAGAUGGCCAGCCAUACCGGCGAGAGGCCGCAUCAGUGUUCCUACUGCGCUGCGUCCUUUGUACGGAAACGUCAGCUUACCAUACACGAGCGGAAGCACACCGGGGAGCGACCGUUUGCAUGCGACCAAUGCGGAAAGGGAUUCAUUGAUGCCCCACUGCUGAAGAAGCAUGUAUGUUGUUGAUUGUAACUGAGGGCCACCGUAACGUACAACAGACAUAUGCUUCGUUUCUGAGAUAUUGAAAUAUGUUAAUUUUAUUUAAUUUAAAUUCUAGUGAAUAUAUCGUAUUGUAUCACUUAA